GGGAGGCCGAAUAUGCACAAUACAUUGAGCAUGAUUCAGAGAGGAGCUAGGAGGGCGACAUUUUGCUGAAUUUGCCCGAUCCGGAACAACCCGGGCACAUAGAUCAGGCUGACACGAUCAGGUGGUAUUGUGGCAGCUGCGACUCAGUCAUUGCUUCUCAUAUCCACAAGCUUCUCUCGUGUUCCUGUUUACACAGAGUGCGCUCUCCCUCUCUCGCACUCGCAGACGUUCUGUUUUCUUGCUGUGGACUUCGCGUCCAAAAAAACCCUCAAGGCGGCCAAGCCUGUCACGGACAGAUCUGGACAAGCUGUCAAGAAACCCGGAGUAGAACGGAUCCUUGCAGUGUAGUGGUCAGUACCUCGCACAUGGGAUCUGUCGUCCUUUGAGUUCCGCUCAGUCAAGGCGCGAGAGGGAAGCGUAUGUAAGGACGGUAGCUGCCAGAUCAGACUAGGCCCUGCAAAGCAGUUUGUUCGCGCGUGCGGUACGUGUGAAAUCGACAUACAGGUAUAGACAAGCAAAAACUCCGGUGACAGCAGUCGAGCGGAAGAUAUCGGACAUAUUCACCUUCGUGUAAAAUCGGAGUUUCUCGCAUUGCCAACCGUGACACGCGUUCCAAAGUCUCUUCGGAACUAGCUUCGCAAGUGCCUUGGGGAAGUGUCACCCCACACACCCGGUCGACUCAAUAGUAGUCCGCAAAAUCCCAACGGGCGGCGUGCAGCGCCCAGGUUUCCAUCACGAUCGAUGCAUAAUGGCAUUUACGGGAACGCCACCAGCAAACCCACCAGUGCUAGUAGCGGGUGUGAAAAGGACAAGCACGGUCUCCGCGUACGGAAAGGGUUCUGGCAGCGGAGGUGGUACGACCUGCAUCGCUGCAAGUAAUUGCAGGCCUUCAGCUAAUGAUACCAGCAGUACUCCUGUGAAUCCCAUCGACGUCGGUCACACCAGCUUCACCACCAUCAGCAGCAGCAGACCUGAAACGUCGUAUGAUCAAGGAGCGAGUAGCAGCAGCUCGAUCGGUGCCCCGUCAUACCACAAGGCAGACGAGACCGCAGCUGCUCAGGCAAUGUUAGAACUUGUGUACACGUCGCCUCCCUCACUCGACAGCAGCACGCAAGCAAGCCCAGUGGGUAAAACUCCUACAGACGACGAAGCCAAAGAAAACAACAGCAGCCCAUCAGCAGCUUCAGAAAUGAUCCGACACGCCAACGCGCCCCAAGGGAGCUGGACUCCCUACGCGAACGUCACCACAAAUGGCGUUGGACUUGUGGGCAACCAACCGGGCAUCAUGGGAACACCGGAGCAGAUGCAACAGGGCAACGGGGCUUGGCAGGCGGCGGCACCCGCGGGCGGCCGGCCAGUCACUGCCAUGUCGGACAGCGACGAAAGCGACAGCGAAGAGGAGGAAGAAGACGAAGGAGAACUGACCGGGGCCAACCUUACCGACAUGGACCGCGAAAAAGUUAAACAGCAAACCAUCAAGAGCAUGAAGAAGAAGCGCAACAGACGCGAGAGAUUGCGCUGGAGAAAGAUAAGGCGGGGUUUCAACAAACUGCGCGAAAAUCUUCCUCGCGGUGAGUUCGAGGAGUUGUCCCAGCUGGUCACGUUGCGACGCGCCUGCCGCUACAUACCGUACUUGGCGAGACUGGCGUCCACCGGGCAAGAUGACCCAGAGCUGGCAGCCAGCGUUUGCGAGGAGAUGGACGACCAUUCGCUCUACUCUCUAGCGAAUCGCACCGGAGCGGGUUCUGGGCAGCAGCAGCAGCAGCAACGGCAAGCACAUCAGCAGCAGCAGCAGACGGCCACAACACCAAGCGGGCCCCAUCCAGUGGUAGUCACAGCUUCAAGAGCAGCAGCAGCAGCAGCGCUAGCAGUGCCUGUGGGGCCGAGUCCAAUGCAGACACAAUAUCAUCAUCCGCAAAUGCAGCACAAAGACCCCGGCGGACCUCCAGAUCUGCACGCAGCAGAGCAUAUGCCAGUCAUGGCACAGCAGCACUGCAUGUACUGUCGCUCGGCCCAGGACCAUGCCGACAACCGUCUCCGCAUCUGCGUUGACUGCAGCAGAGGUGCACAUCAGAACUGUCACCCAUCGGCUGCUGCCACCAUGUCCAGUUAUCCUGGACAAGCGUGGAAGUGUGCCAAUUGCAGAGUGCUGCCAACACAUCACCCCUCUAGUGCUGUGCCGCCGCACCAGCAAACAGCUAUGCCAGGCAUUUACACUAUACGCCAUUCGGUUCCAGAGUUGGUGCAUAUGCCCAAGGACGGGGCCCAAGUCUCGGCCCCCGUGCCGAGGUACAUCUUUGCCCCGCCCGUCGGACAGCCAGGCAUGACCCAGCCCGUGGCCAUAGUCAAUGUUCAUCCCGCGGCGGCGCAGGGCGGCAUGCAGCUGCAGGCCCACGCGCCCCACCCGGGGCCGAUGUACCCCGGGGCGCCGGUGCCCCGGGGCGUCCAGAUGAUUCCGAUCCCGAUGGCCAGUUUCAACCACCACGCUGCCGCGCCCCAUCAGCCAUGCCAACAACAACGACCAACGCACCCGCCCACGCCACCAAGCAGUUUACACGCACUGCCUGUGCUUCAGCCAACCAGCAAGCCACCAACCAGCAGUCCUGUCGGAGCGCCAGUCACCACAGCGGCAAGACGGCCGUCGACACCGAAGAGCCAUUGCUCCGUGAUCAGCCACGCAUCGCAGGAUCAACAUCACAGCCUGCAACCAGCCGACAUCAUGGACCUCAGCAAGACGGAAACCAUCGCCCUGUUCGAUCGGCUCUAUGAGAAGACCGUCGAGAAGCUGCAACUAGGAGUGUCCUCAACUGUACCCAGUCUUACUGAAGGCAAUGCUGCAGCUAGCUCUCACACACUGCCGGUGCUAGAUCGUGUAUCAGCAGCACAAGCAACACCUGAACGAAUGCCCAUACACCAGCCUGGUCCGCCUGAGUUGAUUCGGCAGGCGCCACUGCGCUUGAGCAUGGAGACUACCGACAGCGGCCGCCUCAGCCAACGUGGCAAGGCCCGUAGCGCGCGUGGCGUGCGUUCCCGCCUGCGUUCCCGUUCGCCUCUUAGCCGCGGCGCAGGGCGAUUGCCAUCGAUGACACCGACACCGCCCUUGACAGUGAUGCUCGACGAAACAGGCCCGACAGGAACUGGUGUUAAACAGCAUUCUAGCGCAUCAAGUCAUCGUGAUGGCUACACACCCUCACCACCAGCAGCAAUCACAGAGAAAUGGACGAGUUGCGUUGGCUGCGGAGGUCAGUCACAGUUCUUCUGCUCCCAAUGCCGGAUGGUAUCCUACUGCAGCACGGAAUGUCAGGAGAGGAGCUGGCAAAUACACUGCGGAUCCUGCGUCAGGAAGACCAACCCAGCGGCGCAAUCCGAAAGCAAUUCUCCGGGGCAUGCGGGCGGGACGAUGGUGAGGGAGAGGAGUCUUUAACCACCCACCGAUUCGUCAUGUACCACAGCAAUCCGUUAGACGCGGGAAGUGUGAAGUAAUGGCCAUUCAGCUGCUCUCCUUCAAUUGAGUUACACAGCUACUCACCCAGAUGAGUGUGGUGCCGGCUUCCAAAGCUACAUGUAGCUGAUGCUAAACCAAAGAGUGAGUUUCAAUGCCUGAACUUAUAAGUUCUACAGAACAAACUUGUCGGAGAGAGGUAUUGUAGUCCGGAGAGGUGCUAUCUCUUGGAUUGCCAAUACCAGUAAUGAUGCGGCGUUGUUCACUAACCACCAUCACCGGCCCCUCUCCCCAUCCCUCCAGCUGCUGGAAUUUGCCGAGGACCUCUAACCCGGGCCCAAGGAGCAUGAUGUACACAAUACACCACGCGCAGCUGGUGUAGAGAGCUGUCGAUUCCCCACCAUGAACCGGUUCAAAUAAUUAUGGUCAAGAAAAGCCGGGUUACCGACUGCAGUCUCGGGCUCUGUGUGAUCAAAGGUUUCGCGGUGGUAUUUCGUAUUCUAAAAACUGUAUACUGGGCUCACCAUCGCAAGUGCUUCGACCAGGUGCCUAUUCACAAGAACACGAUUAUAUUCGAUAUAGUGGGCAAACAAUGCGCGUGAGUGUGUGUAUAUAUAUUAUGUGUGUGUGUACAUGAUGUGUGUGUGUGUGUGUGUGUAUGCGUGCGUGCGUGCGGGCGUGUAUGUACGUGUGUGGAAGCCUAAAAGGUGUGUUACGUGUCGUAGUUUGUACCAUUGAGUAAGUCCUGUCAAUUCCAGAUUUUGAGCUGCCAACUAUUUCCCAACCCUCCUCGGCUUGAAAUUACUUGCUUUACACCUCAGCCUGCUCUAUAAAAUCAUAUACAUCAUCAUCAUCAUCAUCAUCACAGACCAAAUUAUGAUUACGAAUAAUUAUUUCCGCAAUAUCAAACUUGCCCCAGUCUCUCAAUUGAGCUGUUUUUUUCUUCUUCCAGCGAAUAUCAACAAAUCCACUGUAUGCGCUCUCAAUGAUGCUCUCUUGAUAUUUUGUAUGGAGUCGUCUUGUUUUUUUAUGUAUGACAUGUGAUUAUGGACGGCACGCUGUUAUCAUAGUAACGCUGGUGGUGAUAUGAUUUCUCGAUAUUUCCACUCCAUUGACUUACGUGUACAUGAUGUGUGACUAGUCACAUUGCAGCCAUACUGUAACUCCUGA